ACAUAAAACGUUGCGAUGUGAUCGUAUUUGUUCAUAAAAUUUUCUUGAUUUCUUUAAUGAUUAAAUGAUAAUAAGCGAUGAUAUCGAUUUAAUUAACUUAAUAACAUUAUAAGUAACUUAAUUAUAUAACAAAAUGGCUAGUUUAUCUAGCAAACAGAGUAUUACCGCCGCUCAAAACCAGGUUAUACAAUGGAUAAACGAUGCGGGGAUGUCGGAAGGCAACCGGAGAGCGGAUUGUGUCAGGAAAGUGGUGGAACUCUUGCUGCAUCAAUGUUCAUCCAUGCUUCCUCUGUACAUGGAGAAUAUUCUUGCUUACGUGAAUGAUAAGUCUACUGAUGUUAAGAAGCAGGUCAUCUCGUUUAUUGAAGAACUGAGCAAACUACAUCGGCAAUAUCUACCAAAAAUAAUAGCCCAACUGCGUCUGUUAGUCAGUGACUCUGUAAUCGCAGUACAGAAGCGAGCGAUACAAGCGUCCAGUAUUGUGUACCGUAACACACUGAUGUGGAUCUGUCAGGGGGCCACCGAUGUUAGUGAGAUGCAGUAUGUGUGGGAGAAUAUUACUCAGUUGAAGCUGCUAGUACUAAACAUGAUAGACAAUGACAAUGAGGGCAUCAGGACGCACUCCAUCAAGUUCUUGGAGGAAGUGGUAUUACUACAGACUCCUUCCGAUGGUGCCGGAGACGAGUUCAGUCUGGACACCCUGCCGGCUAACAUGACCUUCAUCAAUAGGAGGGCUUUGGAAGAGGAAUCUGAACACAUAUUCAAGCUUCUAGUAAAAUUCCACAACUCGCAACACAUAUCUAGUGUGAACUUGAUGGCCUGUAUGACGACACUCUGUCUCCUCGCCAAAUUCAGGCCGAAGUUCAUGCCGCGAGUCAUACAGGCCUUAGGCGACCUACACACGACGCUACCGCCCACGCUGUCGCAAUCUCAGGUCAAUUCUGUUCGGAAACAUCUUAAAAUGCUGCUUGUGAACUUAAUAAAGCAUCCCUCUUCGAACGACAUGAUGCCACAGUUGACACAGCUGUUGAUCGACAUAGGGAUGACCACACAGGAGAUAAAUAAAGUAAUGCCUAAAGAAAAGAGGAAUAAACGUUUAGGGGAAAUUAAGAAUGGAGAUGCGCCGGCUAAGAGGAUUAGAAUAGAUUCUCCUCAGAGCAACAGUCAGGGUAGUGACAGCAAUAGUAACAGUAGAAGUGACUUUAAUCUCUUUGAUGAUGAUAGUCAGCCUGCUACUGUCAGUGGCGUUCCCGUAGUAAGACAGCCUAUAGUACCCACAGAAGAUUCAAUAUUCGAUGGUCUAAACAAUGUAGAUAAUGUUGUGAACCUCGUAACACACACUCUUGUCAAUCACCUGCCUAGUGAAAUGCCGAGCACAUUUGUGAAUGUCUACAAACCUAUUCCUAACUCUGGCUCGAAAGCACAAAAGAGAAGUUUAGCGAAAAUGUUUCUAGCUGUGAUAAAUAAAAAGGAAGAGCCAGUGGCAGCACCACCACAGCAGACAUCACCUUUAUCUGAUUUAGCCGCCAAAAUACCGUUGCUAAGAGACGACGAAGAAAAAGUGACGCUUAAAAACGCCGUAGCAAAACUUCAAGAGUCAACAAAGGCAGAUAGGCAGGUGGAAAGUGCAGUUUCAAAGCUUAUGGAAGAAACUAGACAGGAUCAUUUGAAAGAAGAGGAAAGAAAGCAAAAGGACAAAGAAAAGCCGGUACCUCCGCAAACACCUACAGUACCUAAGCUUAAACAGAAAGUGAAGUUGCUGAAACUGCAAGAAAUCACGCGUCCUAUCCCUAAGGAGAUUAAAGAGCGGUUGAUCUUACAAGCUGUCAGCAGAAUCUUAGCGGCAGAGAAAGAGAGUGCGAUAGGGGGCGCAUCAAAUAUUCGAGCCAAGUUCAUCACGAUAUUCGCAUCGAGUUACACACCAGAGUUACGAGAACUGGUCCUAAACUACAUACUAGAAGACCCUACGAAUAGAAUCGACUUGGCAUUGUCAUGGUUGUAUGAGGAGUAUGCCUUCAUGCAAGGGUUUAACCGUCACCCGGUUACCUUACAGCCAAAGGUACACGAGAAACACGAUCAGAACUACAAUCAGUUGCUUUGUGCGUUGAUAACACAGAUUAGUGAAAGUGGGGAUCCUAUAAUGGAAGGUGCAAAGGAUAUGUUGUUAAGGAAGAUUUACUCUGAAUGUCCAGUGGUGACGGAUGAAGCCGUGGAUUAUCUGAAGCACUUGGUGACGGAGGAUAAGGUGGCACUGCUCGCGCUUGACCUUUUAGAGGAGUUGUGUCUGAUGCGACCACCGCGUGCGCAUAAGUAUGUGGCAUCGCUGCUGUGUCAUGUUUUGAACGAGAGCGAAGAAAUACGCGACGUUGUUCUAAAAUCUUCACUGAAAAUCUACAAGCGCAGUACUGAUUCGGUCCGCAAGGUUAUUGAGAAGCACGCGUUGUUAUACCUCGGGUUCAUAGCGUUGAACCACCCGCCUCCGGAGCUGUGUGACACGAGGGGACGGGUUGCGUGGUCCGAUGAACUGUACCAUAUCUGUCUAAAUCUUGUGAUGGCACUGUUGGUGGAGAAUGAAGAGCUAAUAAUCGAAAUCGCCCGCGUGUACGGUUGCGCGGGCUCCGAAGCCAAGCGCUGCGUGCUCCGCGCCAUCGAGGCGCCCGUGCGAGGCGCCGCCGCCGCGCAGGCCGUGCAGCUCAGCGACGCCUACGUGGCGCUGCUGGACGAGUGUCCGCGCGGCGCCGAGACGCUGCUCACCCGCCUCGUGCAUAUAUUCACUGAAAAAGCCCCACCAUCACAAGAGUUGGUGUCGAAAGUACGCGAGCUGUACGCGACCAGAGUGUCGGAUGUGCGGUUCCUUAUUCCUGUUCUCACUGGAUUGUCCAAAAAAGAGAUCCUUGCAGCUCUACCGAAGUUAAUCAAAUUAAAUCCCAUGGUCGUAAAAGAAGUAUUCAACAAACUUCUGGGUCUACAGAAUCCACACGAUGAGAAUUCACCAGUCACACCAGCUGAGCUGUUGGUCACACUGCAUCUGAUAGACCCGAGCAAGGCGGAUCUCAAGUACAUCAUUAAGGCUACAGCACUCUGCUUCGCUGAGAAACAAACUUAUACGCAAGACGUACUAUCAGCAGUACUGCAGAGGUUGACGGAAGAACCAGAGAUCCCAGUGCUGAUGAUGCGAACUGUACUGCAAGCGUUAACGUUGUACCCCAACCUUGGGCCGCUCGUACUCAAUAUAUUGCAGCUGCUCAUUGAAAAGGAGGUGUGGCUAAACAAAGUAGCAUGGGAGGGCUGGGUGAAGUGCUGCGAGCGCCUGGUGCCCGUGUCCGCCCCCCUCCUCGUGUCACUAGACCCGCGCGCUAUCGCCGCACUGGCUCAGUCGCCGCGGCUCGUCCGCGCGCUACAGACGCAUGUGGCCACGCUCCCGCCGCACCAGCGUGCCGCGCUGCCGGCACACGUGCGAGCCGCGUGCCAGCAGGAGCCGCCGCCGUUCGUACCAAUGCCGGUCGUAGCGCCCGUACCGCCGCCAAACCCCAUGGAGCCGCUACCACCCGGCAUGGAGUGAAACCAUCCACUACUUGCGCCACCACACACAUGAAACUUUACCGUAACGAGAGCCGCGACUGCACUGUACAAUAUGAGCUGUAUUUUAUUUGAAUAAACGACGCGAGAGUUAUCUUUAUUAUAUUUAAAUUGUUAUUUUAGCGGGAAUUAUUGAAAAUAAUGGAGUGUCUAUUGCAUUGUCGGAAUAAAGUUGUUCUCAUUUUAAGCAAGCCCAUUUUGGAAAAAUAAUAAAAACAGUGUGUAUACCACUAGAUUCAUGUUAUUAACAGAUAAGUUAAUAUUUUAGACGCUAGAAUUUUGCGAAAUAACUUGACACAUCAAAUCACAAAUUCUUCAAAAUAAAGGCGAGUUUCGCAUACGUAGGUAUUGUGAUUUGUCUGUCAAAUUAUUUGGCGGGAUUCCGGCGUCAAUACUUGAAAUGGAAUGUUUACAGCGAAAGACUGCUCAAAAGGCUGGAAACUUCACGAAAGAAUAAACUUGAUACUUCGUGAA